GGGCUGCGGCCUCCAAAGUGGACUCUUCAGCGCUCUGAACGCUCAUCAUUUUGCCAUUUCUUGUUCGGCUGGCAACGAAACCAAAAGUGAUUGUUAAGUGCGCGCAUAACCGUGAAGUGUGUCAGUGCCUGCUUGCCUGUCAAUUCACUAGUCAGUCAUCGUUCUGCCAAUAGCGCGACCUGUACGCAGUUAUAUUGCCGUGUUCACUUUCGAUUGCGGCCCGUAUUGAUACGAAUAUUGAAUAUUGAACAGCGAAAGGAGUUGAUCAUCAAAUAUUCAGUGCACAAAAUUUUAGAAAAAUAAGCAAAUAUGCUGUUAAAAAUCCAAUUGAUAUGCUGUCUGGCGUUGCUGGCCAAGGCGCAAAACUCCAUCGAACAACUGGCGGUCGAGCGAUCGGGUGAAUUGCAUUUUGAGACUUCACACAAGCGUCCCGAUGGAAAAGAAUUCCAAACAUCACACAAAAUUCCCAGACAUUCUUUCUUACCAGAUUCUGAUUUGGGUGCAAUGAAUUUGCUGCCGACAAAAGAACGCCCAGAAUUAAAUCCCGUUUUGAGUGCGCUCAUCAAUGAGGAUGUCAUGAAGAGUAUCGAGGCCAAACGUGCCAUUGAACAGGAGGAGCUCGAGCAAGUUAAGGCUGAGAUAGAUGCCGCGCGCAAGCAGGAGGAGGAACGCAGAGCAGCCGAGAGUGCCGUCGAAGCCACUUAUGUUAUGUUGACCACAGCUGCGCCCGCUAAAAACGAUGACCUCGAUGAAGAAAUAAAUGUUGGUUUUGUCGAUCAGGCCAUUAACUUGGAUGCUGCCGGUUCGGAAAAUAGCAAAAAAUCGCGCAUCGAAAUUAAGAAGGGACCAAAUGGUCAGGACUAUGAAUACGAAUAUGUGUACUAUUACGAAGACGAGGAGGACGCCAAGCCGUCAGAAUCGCCGGCUAAGGCUGAAUCGACUGAACGCGGCAAGUCGCGUUACAGCAAUAUCGAACGCACCACAGCGGCGCCAACUGGCAAUAGUCUCGUGAGCAACAAGGCUAAGGGUCGCUCAUCAAGCAUAGCCGACAACGCCGGCGACGACGUCGAAGUCGAACGGCUGCCUGCCAAUACACGUUUCCCCAGCCGCGGCAAGAACGUUGAUGCGCAACCGGNGGUUGACAGCGCAACCUUCAACACGGACGAAAAGCAAGUGAAGGGCAUUCGAAACAGUGACACCGAAACCAAAUCGGCAAUCGCCAUUGAACAAGAACAAGCAGCCGCUGCAGCAGCACAGGCAGCUGAGAAGAAAGAGGCCGAGGAAAAGCAGCGACGUCAGCCGACUAUCGGUAGCGCUGAGGAAAGUGCGACUGUCAAGGAUGUGGCGGACGAGGAUGUUGAGCAAACAACUUUAUCAAUGGAGAAGGCCGCAUUAGACUUGUAUGCGAUUUUAGCGAAUGAAAACUUUAACAUGGACAUGACCACGGAUGCGGAUACGGAGGUAACGACGGUGCUGCCAGACACCACAAACCCCGACGAGGCGGCAAUAACCACUUUGUUAGACGAGGAGCCCAGCUCAACUACCACUACCACAACAACAACUACCACAGAGGCAACUACCACAACAACCACCACCACUACAACUACACCGGCACCAACGCUGUUUGGCGGCAAACGUGCCGGCUUGAAUUCGUCCGGACGUAAUCGCUUUAAGUUGAACAAGGGUGGCAAAAGCGAAGCAACAACGACGACAACUACAGAAGCGCCAUCGGAGACACCUAAAACUGGCAAGAAUCGCUUCUCUCGUCCAUCGAUUGGCGGACGCGCGCGUCCAGGCGCACGCACCACAACUGCAGCGCCCGCGCCAGCGGAAGAGGAAGGCGAAGUAGCUGCGCCGAAAGAAGUUAAGCCCGUGAGCUCAGGUUUCGGACGUGGCAGGCCACGCAAUCGCU